AUGGGAAGAUCCCCUUGUUGCUCUAAAGUGGGGUUGAAGAGAGGACCAUGGUCAACCGAAGAAGAUACUCUUCUAGCUAAUUACAUUCAAGAACACGGUGAAGGCCAUUGGAGAUCUCUUCCUCAGAAAGCUGGGCUGUUGAGAUGCGGGAAGAGUUGCAGGUUGCGAUGGAUGAACUAUCUCCGGCCGGGAAUAAAGAGAGGAAACAUAUCCCCUGAUGAAGAAGACCUGAUAAUUAGGCUUCAUUCACUUCUGGGCAAUCGAUGGUCACUAAUUGCCGGAAGAUUGCCAGGUCGAACUGACAAUGAGAUAAAAAACCACUGGAAUACUCACCUCCUUAAAAAACUCAAUAACGCCGGAAUACAACCUAAACUCCACACAGAUUUCCCGAAACCCCCCAAAAAACCCAAGAAAUCAACAGGUUCCGCCUCCGGCGCCAAGAAGAAAAAGAAGACCAAAACUGCUGCGGCGGAUGUGGAGGUUGAGGUUGCUCCACCUCCUAAAACCACUGUUUACUUACCAAAAGCCAUCCGGGUUUCAUCGGCAUUUCCAAGAAGUAAUAGCUGUGACAGUUUAUUAGUGAGUGGCUCUGGUUCAUCAUCUAGUCAAGAAGAUAAUAAUGUUGAAAAGGAGAAUGCAAUCGUGGAAGUAGCAUAUGUUCCAUGGCCUUCUCUUGAAUUAGAUGAAAAUUAUCUUGAAGUUGGAGACUGUGGCGAUGAUCAAGAUUUCCUCAACAACUGUGAUCUGCCAUUUAUUCAUCAUCCAGACCUUUACGAUGAUCCCAAUUUGCUCGACAGAGUCUACGAUGAGUAUUUGCAACUUCUGUAA